AUGAAGGGUCAUUUGGCUGAUCGCGUGGAUAUAUUUAGCUUUGAAAUGCUUGCGGUGGUUGGAGACCGCUUCGGCUCUCACCUCCGUGGCAUUGCGUCUCUUCUCCAGUUGUGGCAGGUCAACGGAAACUCGCCCGGCGUCAAAGGCGUGGUUUACUGGACCUGGUAUCGAUCAGAUACCUGGGCCGCUCUUCAUACCAGACGACGCAUGUUCCUGGACGAGUCCUACUGGGAGCCCCCCGCCGUCGAUUCUUUCGACCAGCUAUCCUAUGCAGAUAUUGCAAACCGGGCGAUGUUCCUGCUUGGACAGUGUACAAGCUUCUGCAGCACUAGUAUCGACGAAACUGACAAUACAAGUUCUUUUGCAGAAGCGCUCGAGGCGAGACAAUCCACCAUGACCAAACUCCGAGAUGCUCUCGAGCAGUGGAAACGAAUGCUCCCUGCCUCCAUGACGCUGUUCAUUGCGGGACGGGCAACCCACAAAGACCCGAGCAACGAGGGGCAGAGGGAUCAGUGUUUACAAGACAUUUCGUCGAUACACUAUAUAUAUCCCGAGGCCGCGAUCGGCAUUCAAAUAUACCAUGCCUGCCACAUCCUCCUUGCCCUCGGUAGCCCCCCAUGGCCGUCACAUCAACAAGGCCCACGAUCCUCGACAUUCGAGUCACUUGCGACACGACGACUCAUCAGUCAAUCACGCGAGCAAAUUCUGCUUAUCGCCAAUUCCGGAACCACAGAGACUUUUGGCUUCGUCUCGACGCAGUGCCUGUACAUUGCAGGCCUGGUGACCGAGGGAGUCCAUGAAAGGCGCCUGACUCUUGAGCUUAUCGAGAAAUGUCAGGUGGAGUCGGGUCGACAGACGGUCUGUAUUGCGGACGAGUUGCGCGCGGCAUGGACCAGAAGCGAGUAG